UAAAUGAGGGUGAUUUUCAUUUGGCUAUACGAAACAUAAAACUCGCUUCGCUUUUUUUUUGCUAGUUAUAAAAUGAGUCGUGUGUUAAUAAAAAAUUUGCCGCCUGAAACAACCAUAAGAAAUAUAUAUGAUUUUUGCUGUCCCUAUGGGCAUCUUUUAAAGACCGAUUUAAACAUUCCAGACCGAGUCGCUUGCGUUGAAUACGAAAAUUUCAGAGACGCACAAGAUCUUGUUGGCGAUAGGCAAGGAUAUGUGGUUAAUGGCCAUGAGCUUCAACUUGAAAUUGCAUCCACGAAUACGGACUACUCAGUGGAUGACAAUGGGUCAAGGCACAGAAAUUCUUCGCCUGGUUUCUCAGACUCGCGAUGGCGGGCAAAUAACAUGGAGAGCAUGAGACGCCCGGCCAACAAUAACAACGACUAUGCACAUGGUGAUGACAGUUCAAUUGAUAAACAGCUUAAUUAUACAGAAGCAUGCAGCUUUGUAUACAACCGUUUUCUUCGGGAAGGAUACGAUCCCCAUGAAGCAAGACAAAAAGUUCAACCAUUUCUUAAGAAAAUUAUUGCAGGAUUUAAUAAGGGUUUUAACGAUGCGGAACCCUUUAAUAUUGGCAUGGAACAAGCUGGAACUUCCAGUUCAAGAAAUUUUGACUUCAAUGAUUUUAACCAAGGAAGCAGAAACAAUACACAAGAUUGGGAUGGCUAUAACUCACAUUCAGGAAAUCAGCAUGCGCAAUCCUCUCGUGACCGACCCAUUAUUGAUGAAUAUGGUGAGGGCUAUUGGAACAAUAAUGGUGCUAACAAAGCGCAAUAUAAUGAAAGAGAGGAGCCAGACGAGAUACCACGCAAUCCCAUCAGUCACUCUACCUAUAUGAAGUCGCUAAAAAUUAAACAGAUAAUAGAAACGAAAAUUGGCAUGGGGCAUGCUAAUCCCGAUAUAAUGACGGAUCUGCAAUUCCAUAGCCAAAUCGUGGAAGACUAUGAACAUAAUCGCCGAUUGGAACGAAAGCGCGAGAGAAUGUCUCCACCAACGAAUAUUGUAAGAAAACAGAUGAGAAUGGAUGACGAAUUGUUUUCGCAAAGGAAACAAAACCUAUCUAAUAAAUCACAAAACCCCACGAUUAAGCCGCAUGGCGAUCGUAACCAGAGUUGGGUACGCUAUGACUCUGAGAAGCCAACUACCUCAAAGGCUCCACCAGUCAUGAUAAGUUAUCCUACCAAAUCCUCUUGGGGUAUGUACAAAGAGGAGCAGUUGAGAAAUAACCGUUCAACUCUUCCUGACACAUCGACGAUGUUUGGCCAAUUCGACCAGAUGAGCAAAACAAAAUCAAGAUCUGCCUUGAAUAGAGACAAAGCCGCCCAAAGGGUCUUAUCCACAUGGGGUAGCAAACCCGUUGAAGAACUAGCCCCGUCGAGGUUGAAAAGUCUUCAAUGGGCCAAAUCCCAUUUGGACAGCUUCAACCCCUCUGUGUAGGUAAAUGAACAACGGACACCUAAAUGCUUCAUGAUAUAAGCAUUAUAAAAAACAAAGUCUUUUAAAAAUAUGUACAUGCAUAGUCAUGACGCUCUUCAAUAUAAAAUUUGAAUUAAAAUUGGAUUUUGGAAAAUGCAUUACUCUUCAUUUACUAUUAUUUACAAACUAUAAUUUUUAAAUACAUAUACAUUUUAAGCUAUUGUCAAAGAGCAUUAAGACCAAGAGACUAGUCUCUCACAAUUAUAAAACAUAUGUCAAAUGCUGUAGAUGCCGUUCGAAAAGCCGAAGAAAAAAGUUCAUAGAAAUCACCUUUAGAUCCUGCAAUUUCAUGUAAAUAAGAUAUGGAAGUCAAGUAACUUUUCCAAGCGAUAGUCGAGGCAAACUGAUCCAAAUUGAGAACCCACACUUGCAUCACACUAAGAACCAGCUUUUAUCCAUAUGCUCUUUGACUAUUAUAUUUUAUAUAAAAAUUCAAUAAAAUUGCUCCCAUUUCCAAAUUUCA